CCCUGCUUAAGAUUGACGACGAAGAUAACAGUAUUUUUAAAACUCUUGUUAAGUUAAUCAGGGAGCCUAUUUGUCCCGCUGCCACCAAAGCUUCACUAAUGGCCAUUUACUACAUGAUCUGCCCCAUGUCUGAAAUCACCAACAAGAUGAUUUUGAAGUUUCUGGAAGUGGGUUUGGUUUCUUCAAUGGUGGAAACCAUUGUGGAUGCAGAAAAGGGUGUAUGCGAGAAGGCUUUAGGUGUUCUUGAUCGCGUGUUCGAUACCAAACAAGGGAGAGAGGAGGCUUACAAGAAUGCUUUAAUGGUACCUCUUCUGGUCAAGAAGGUGAUCCGUGUAUCAGAUUUGGCAACUCAGUUCAUAGUUUCGAUUCUAUGGAAGUUGUUUGGUAAUGUAAAAAAUGAUGAUGUUGAAGGAGGUGAGCUGAUUGUUGAAGCACUUCAAGUGGGUGCUUUUCAGAAGCUGCUGGUUCUUUUGCAGGUUGGAUGUGGUGAGAAGACAAAGGAGAAAGUCAGUGAAUUGCUGAAGUUGUUGAAUGUUUAUAAAGAGAAAGUAGGCUGCUUUAAUUCAUCAAUGAAUUUCAAGCACCUGAAAAAACCAUUUUGAAUAGAAUAGGAGAAAAAGAAAUAGGAAUAGAUAGAUUAUGUACAAAAACAUUCUUGAUCUCAAAUCAUUUCAAAUGGACAAAUUCCAUUAAUUCUUUAUAGAAUUUGGUUAGUUUCUUCA